GCAGUUUAAGUUGUGAUUGAUGAGUGGACGGAUAGCGAUGGUACUACGUUAACAGGAGUAAACAUGAACCGGGACCCAACGGGUUAAUCUCAGUCUUUGAUGUGCACCAUCGUCUUUCCUACUUGCACAGGCACACCUGUACCACUGAUGAAGAUCAACUGUCCCCCGAGACGAUUCCAAGAAUUACUCUGAAUUGGAUAUGGUGUUCUUUGUGUUCUGUGAGGCGUGUGGUUCUCUGACAAUAGACACCCACUGCAGUGACAACGCUGGUUAGCCACUUGUGGAAAGUACAGUGUCGGAUUACAGGUCCAGAGAUUGAUGUGAUAAUUUGGUGUUCUUGAGGACGAUUGGCAGCGAUUCCCAUUGGUCUAAGCUUAACAUAGGCGGUGCUUAGGUUUCGAAAAGGAAAGUAUUGAUGUAGUAAAAUAGAAUGUGUAUGGGGUAAUUCGUAUUUUUUAUAUUUCCAAGUACAACUAAUUCUAUGAUACUUACAAAUCCUCCAUUGAAAACCCUUUAACCGUUAAACAGAUCAAAUUGAUAGUGCAUGUAUUUAAAUAGGCCACGUCAAUUUCUACUUCCCAUAUUUGAAUGUGUUGUAUCAUCGAUGCAAAAAGGCUUCGUAACAAAUGAUUUAUUACUGUAUGUUUAUUGAAACAGAAUGUAAAGCAAACUAUCGUUAAACGUGCUAUGAAUUUUGUGAUGAACAGUCAAUACACACUGUAGAUAACUGAAACAGAAAUUCAUGAUUUCCAAUAACGAUCAAGAUCAAAAAGCUCUUACUCUGUGUACACUCCGUGAGCAAACGCUGCUUCUUCAGAAAACAACAUGGCAGGAGUAUUGAAUUUUCAAUUAAUGAUACUUAACCGUUAAUCUUAAUAAUCUUUUUAUUCUGCCUGAACAAUCAAGAAAACCACCAACGCUAGAAAAGUGUUUGCAUUCACACUAGCGUUUGGUCGAUUCAAAAAGUAAAUAUUUGACAACGUUAUACCAAUCUUAUAGCUCCAGACCAAAAAUAGCUACUCAAACAAAUAUAACUUUUCCCAUCACCCGUACAUUUUUAAUAUUCCUGUGAAUGAAAGUUAUGAAUAAUGUAACAUAGAAUCUUCCAAUCAAUUAAUGCUGUUUUCCUGUGUGUGGACGUCUUGCCGUGUCCAGGUCUCUCACUCUACCCUGAACAGUGGUAAUGGUUGGGGUAUUGUAGUAGGACUGGCUCUAUCGACGUGUUACCUGCAGCCAGGUAUGCCUGUGGAAUAAGCUACGCCUGAUAGCGUCUCUCCGGCACAGAGGUCCAAGAUAAGAACUGUAAACUCCUAACUUAGAAGAGCAUCCUCCCUGGGCGUCUCCCCUCGCCAAAAUACCACUUUACGUCAAAGAAGUUAAUUUUAUCAAAGAAGGGUCGUAUUACUGGACGAGGGAAAAGCAAUUGGCGUGGACCGAACCUCUCAGACUUUCCGUUGGGAAGAAUUUAUCAGGGGCUGGUAGCCGUAGAAGUAACGCUCGCGCCUAGCUUAAGUGUGUUGGGAUUUUCGAUCUGUACAUAGUGCAAACAUCUUAAUAACGUGAAGACUUUGACUGGUUUGUUUCCAGCCCUGCGGCGGUCUGUUCUGUACGAUAUACUCAUACACUUCAAGUGUUUAGAGCCGUGCUUGCUGUUGUUUUCGCUUCUUGCCUACAACUGAAUAAUACUGUUUCUUGGCGGAAGCGAUAGACUGAAGAAAGCGAAGCUCCGAAUAACGUUGUUUUUUUAAUGAAAAACUCCCAUUGGUUGUAAACCACAUUGGGGAAUAUACGUGUUUGAUACAAGUGUGAAAAGAGCUUAAAAAUCGGAACGUUCACCAAAAGCUCCGUGUGCACUGCUUGGGGAUAAAAAGGAUUUGAGUAUUUGGGAUUUGUUACGGGGGCCGUCAAUCGAGAACACCUGGUGCACGUGGCCACGUGGAGCGAGUCUGGCUCAGAGAGGAACAGUUCUGGGAGUGCUGUGGUUCAUUGACCAGAGGUUUUUUUUACAGGUGUGAUUGUUCUGGGAAGGACGCGUAUACAGUUCCGUGAUCGACCGAUGGUAUGUGUUAAGAGUAUGUGCUGCUAUCAACGAUCACAGUCAGUGGAUGCUUAAGGUGGAUACUGUUUAGUGUUGGCGUUAAUGAUGGGUGGCUCUUAGCGUUCCAAAAUUUGUGUACCCAGUGACGUCACCAUCCCUCUGGCCCACUCGGUAGAUGAGCAUCGCGAGCAGCUCCCGCUCACACCUCGGAGCGCUCGUGACGCUAUGACAACAACAGAAGAUGACGGAAUUGAGAUAUUGUCUUGUCAUAUCGAAAACGAGGAUGACGUCAUCGAGCAGACGACAACUGUCAAUGUGUCAGUCACGAACACUAAACUGGAGGACGAUCCGGCUACGAUUCAAAGGAAGCGUGUUGCACGUGCCGUGGCCAUUGUCUCGUUUGUCCUGCUGCUCUUCAGCGUUGUUUUGAUUGGAGUAUCUCUCAACAUGUCGAAGAAUAUCGACGAUCUAGAUGCUAACAGAUCUUUCGCCCGUGGAAAGACCUGGCCACCGAGAAAGCAGGAAAACCCAGUACGGGAAUCGAACGAACUUCUUCGAAAACAGUCCACGUUUAGGCAACACAGUUACAAUAAGCCUCCCAAAACGGACCACAAUUCCACAACGCACACUUCUGAUGACAUUAUGCACAUAGAUUGAUGACGUCAUACAUUUUAGUGUUGGAUUAUGUGUGAUUUCAGGGAUAAAACCCUUCAACGACUUCGGCUCAUGGCCGUUUAUUAUGCAACGUUGUAGACCGUGCGAUCAUCCACCUUGGAUCGGUUGUCGUCGCUUUGUAUCAUAAAGCUGAUAGAACAGUCACGUUAGUUGAUUUUCAUCGAAAUGCAAUAUUUAAAAAUUGUGCCAAACCAGUAUCUCUCAUGUGAUCGAGCAUAGCAAUGAAAUGAUUAUGUGCGUGUCGGCAAUUAAUGCCUCUGUCGCACAUGCACGUGUAGCUGUUUUCCUGAGUAGAUAUAUCCAAUGUAUCAUAUACAAUUAGUACAAUCAUUCCCAGUCGUGACGUUUGUUUAUUUGUUUGUUGUUUAAUGCCGCAGUCGGAAAUAUUUCGGCCAGUCAAGGGUACCUGAAUAAUUUCGUGUCUGGACUAGACAAACCGGUGGUUGAUGUAAUGAGUGACAUCGCAGGCUGUCGGAUCACGAUGACAACCUAGCCUGAUCAACCAAUCUAAUUAGUCAGCCUUUACGGUACACCGGGGCGUAUUCUAUCAUUAAUUUAACCAGGAUGUAGAUAAGGUAGCUA